GAUGACUGAAACGAAAGAGAAAAUUAAAUAUCUUAUUGCCGAUACAACGGCUUUCAUAAAUGCCGUAACAUUGAACGACUAUGCAGAGAAUAUUCUAACUGUUCCCGAUGUUGUUAAUGAGGUACGCAAUAAAAGACAAAUUCGACGAUUGUGUGUUUUGCCAUAUGAUCUACAAGUGCGUGAACCCCGGACGGAAAGUGUUAAGCACUGUGUUGAAUUUGCCAAAAAGACUGGUGAUUAUGCAUCGCUGUCGGGUAUUGAUAUUAAGGUUAUUGCUUUGACAUACGAGCUGGAAGUCGAUAAUGUGGGCACAGAACAUUUGAGAAAAGAGCCAGUAAUGCCACAGGUUAUCGCGUCUAAAGAGAAGCCACAAGAACUGCAGGAUAGUACCAAAUUACCCGGUUGGUAUAAUAAUGGUGGUAAUACAGAUUCCGAAGAAGAUGAUGAUGAAGAAGAUGGGGAAAGUAAUGAUGAAGAUAACGGUGGUGGCGAUGAUGAUAAUGUUGAUAAGGUAAAAGAGUCGAUUGAGAAACAAAUGGAAAAUCCCGACGAACAACAUGAUGUACCCGAAGUAACACAGGAAGAAUUGGAUGCAUUAUUUGAAAAGCUCAAAUGUGAAAAUGCUGAAGAUGAUGUCAAUUGUGAUAUUUUGGUGCCACAGCCAAAAGAAGAAGAAAAUGGAGAAGAUGAUGAUGACGAUUCGGAAAAUGAUCAAAAGGAAUCUGAGGAACAAAAGCAAUCAGGCGAUGGAGAAGAAACUAAUAAUAACAACAAUGAUGGCGGGGUAGCAGAUGAUGAUGAUGGUGGCUGGAUCACACCUUCAAACAUUAAGAAAGUUAAAAAAUCCAUGGAGGGAAAGGUAGAAGCUGAUAUCACACCCCUUGUGGCCUGUAUGUCUACAGAUUAUGCUGUACAGAAUACAUUGAAACAGAUGAAUCUAAAUAUUUGUGCCCUUAACGGAAGGGUCAUAAAACAUUUACGUACCUAUAUUCUAAGAUGUUAUGCAUGCUUCAAAACCACCUCCGUUAUGACCAAGGUAUUCUGUCCCAAUUGUGGUAAUAAAACGUUAAAACGUGUAGCCGUGAGCCUGGAUGAGAAUGGCAAACAAGUGAUACACAUCAACACAAGACGUCCUCUCACCACAAAAUAUAAAAAUCAAAGUAUUCCCCUGUUCCGUGGUGGCAAACAUUCACGUAAUCCCAUUCUCUUUGAAGAUCAACCAAUGCCCCGUCAAAUGCCCUCUCGUGUGGCGAAAACUAAAACAAAUGCACUGGAAGAGGAUUAUAUUGCUGGCUUCUCGCCAUUUGCAAUGCGUGAUGUUGACUCAAAAUCAGCCAUGCUGCGAGCCAAGGGCCAUGUCAAGGAAUGGGCUCGCAAUAACACCUACGAGGAAGAUAGGCGCCGCAAACACUACAAUCGUUUGUAUAAGUAAAUA